AAGCAUUUCUGCUUAUCACAGACAGUGUGUCCGACAAGUUGUCAGCACUGCGCUGUAAUAAAUGGAUGAUUUGAUUUUUAUUUUUUUUUUUAGAAAAAUCAAUCUUUAGAAAGUGAGAGAUGGGUAGUGUCAGGUACUUUGUUUUAGCUGGGAUGAUAUGUUUUGUACAAGCCCAAACCUUUGAAAUUAAGAAAGAGUUUAUUGACGGCAAUCUGACUUUUACUUGGACGAAUGUUUCCAAUCGUCGUAAUGAUAUACUUAUCACAAAGGAUGGACGUAGUAGUGACUGGAUACAAAUCACUGAUGACAAGUACACAGUGGAGGAUGUAUGGAAGUAUAAAUCUGUAAACAUCAAAGUACGGGAAUACACAUCAGCAGACCAUCGAUCAUAUAAAGAUUACUAUUCAACAUACACUGUCUCAAGAAUUGAUUCACAAGAAGGAGACACAACGAAUCUAACGUUUACAGCUGAUUUCAUCCCAAACAGCGGAGAAUACGAUAUAUAUCAUUUCUAUGAUGGCACGAGCAAUAGAAUAAUACGAGUGACAAGCAACAAGACAUCCUCUAUGAAUUAUUCAAAAUACGCUUACCACACCAGACCCUACACAUCCACCGACAUAACAUUUGAGGUGAAAAACAUAACGCUAAUGGAUGCUGGAUAUUACGGGUUUCGGACUACAGAGAUUGCUGCCAGAAGUGGACAGGGCGUAGUCCUUGUGGUGAAAGGGAAACCAACACAACCUGAGAUAGUAGGAAUCCUGAAGGUACAGGAAACCAGUGACGUCACAUUGACCUGCUCCAGUAACUCUCGUCCGUCGUAUUACAGGAAAACGAUAUCCUUAAGUUAUAUCUGGUACAUGAACAACACCGUCAUUGAUUCAGAAACCAGAUUGACGCUCAGAUUUCCCAGGAUUUCUAGAGGUGUCAGAUUUAACAAAUAUUCCUGUCAGGCGAAGGAAAGUAUUGUGUCUGAAAACAGUGAGGAAAUUCAGAUGAAUGUUUUGUAUUUAUCCAAGCCAACGAUGAUGAUAAAUGGGACAAAAGAAGAAAACGUGGACGUCCAUGAGGGGGAAUCACUAAAUAUUUCAUGUUCAGUGGACGGAAACCCUAACCCUAACCUCAACAUCAGCAGAGAUGUUCAGGAACAAAAUCUGAAAACCAGAACGGCCAAAUCAAUAGAAGUAUUUAAGCGGAGAGUCCAGUGUGAUGAUACGGAUACCUACAAAUGUACAGCGAGCUCACCAGGGUUUGCUGACAACCAUACGGGUGUUACGUUAAAUGUUCUUUGUAGGACAAGGAUGGACACUGACGCCGGGUUUAAAACUAGCUAUGGUUCUAGAAGUGGGAUUGGUGUGGCAGUCAUUGUUAAGACACCAAUCAUCUCUAAUCCCAAACCUUCACCAAACUUGAUUUCCUGGUCAGGACCAAGGACAGCUAAUAUACAAAAUCAAAUCACAGAAAGAGGAGCUGUUAUUUAUAAGCACUGGAUCACCAGCACCAUUCCUGUCAACAACCAGACAUAUUUUGGAAACUACAACAUGACAUACAACGGAGAAAUCAUCUUCACCAUUACAAUAAAAGCUGAAGAAUUGACUACAUCUGACAAUGCGAACGCUAUUCCGACAACAACAGUUGUAAUCGUCAUCCUUUCUACACUGCUGGUUGUUACUAUGGGAACGGUUGCUGGGAUUAUUCUUCAACGAAAAAUGAGGAAUCAACAACACGAUCAGCGACCACAAACUGACAGUGAAUGCAACACGACAGGGACCGGAAACAGACAGCGACUGCAACGGGAUGCUGAGUUCCCGUUGCACGAAUAUGACGAAAUUAAUUCAGCAGGCAACCGUGACGGGGACUGGACAGCAACCAUAGAUCAAGAGAGACUGAAACUUGAGUCUGAUGGAGGUUACGAGUUACCAAUACAUGAAUACGUCGAUAUCAAUGCGGUAGGCGAUAAUCACACUUACGAUAAGGUCAGUCCCUCAAAGGAAGCCCCUUACGAAGAUGUCCAAACGUAUACAAACACAUAGCCUAUUCCAUGGAGGUAAAUGUGAGUGAUGAUUUACGGUAAAAAUGUUGUCAACGCCUCAGAAUGUUUUAUAAGAAGCUCAUAACGAAAUUUUAAAUGAUUGGGAGCAGUGUAAGUACGACAUGCCAGACGAUUGAAAUCCACAGAUAGAUGAGUGUUUCUUUACAAAUUAUUUCGAAUAUCAUCUUCAGUAGAAAAUAUUUAAUGUAACAUCCUAAUGACGAAGUAAUCAGUUGUAAAAGAUGACGAGACCGAUCUGUUAUACCAUUGUGUAGUCAUAGUGAAUGGACAGCAAGUCUCCUGAUUUGGUGGGUGAAACAAGUUAAUUAUUAAUCUUUUUGUAUAUUAAAACUAUAUAUUUUGAGCGUUGUAUAUUAUCAUUUAUUAUACGCCAUGUGACCAAAUUAUAUUUUCCUUGCUUUUGAUAUCCGUUAUGGACUGUGAAAGUUGCUUUUCUUCAUUGCAGUAUGCAUUGUAGUCUGAGACUUAAGCUUUCGUAUUUCAGUAUUUGUUCUGUAGUGCAUAACUUAUUUACUUCAAUUUUAGAAUAUGAUACACAGUGCAUUAAUGAUGAUUUCUCUGUUCUAGUAAAUGCUAAAGAGAGUGUUAGUUAUAUAACUUGUGACCCACCCCCAUUUCUGUACGUGUUAUAAUGAGUACAUCAUAUUUCUUGUUAUAGCAUACGCUUUAUAGCUUGUAAAAUAUUCGUCAAAUUAUAACAUACCUUAUAUGGGGUAUAAGCAUACAGUUUGUAUUUUCCAUAAGUUUGGUAUACGUUACAUAGUGCGUAUUUUUGUCUAAUUCGUAUGCAUUAUAUGAAAGGUAAAGAUACAGUUGUUUAUUGUUUAUUUCGGAUGCGAAAUACUGCAUUCUCUCAUUUUCCUUUCUGUUAUAGAUCAUGCAAAUUAUUUGUAUUCUACUUUUAGUAUACGUUAAAGAUUGUGGUAUUGUUUUUUUUUUUUCGGUUUACUUUUUCGUAUUUGUAUAGUAUUUCUUCUUCUAUUUUGGUAUAUGUUUGUUCAUAUAAUAAUUCUGUUCUUAA